GCCGGUUUCCGGAAGUACGUCACCAGCUCGGGCCUGGCUCCACUUGAGUCCGCCCCCCUCUCGUAACUUCGAUUCGAAACAAAACAAACCGCGGGGGCGGGAGUCGCCGGGGCCUGUGGGGGGAGGGUGCCGGCAUUUGUUCCUUGCAAGAGAGAUUGACCACAAAGAAUCGCCAAGAUAGCUGGCUCCGGAAGAAAGCGUCGCACCCCUGACCCAGACUCUGUCACUGACCCCGGUGGGCCGUUUGUUUCAUCCAAGCGGCUGAAAAUGUCCAGUAAUGCCAGCAUCUCUGGGCAGAGGAAAACAGCACGGGGUGUGGAAGAUGCGACCAAUAAGAAAAAGCAGAAGGAUCGAGCUAAUCAGGAGAGUAAGGAAGGCGAGAGGCCAGUUGGCAGUGACUCAAAGAAAGAGCCUUCCCCUGGCCUGGAACUGAUAGAGCCCAGUUGGCAGAGGGAGUCUGAGGAGGACCUGCUGCUGGACUGGAAGCAAAAUGAUCGUGAAGUCAUUAUAAGGCUGAAUGUGGGCAGUGGGGUCCCAAAACCAGAAGAAGUAGAUACAUGUUUUACAGAUACAAGUUGUGUUGUCAAGUUACCUGAUGGCCGCCAAUGGAGCUGCCAGUUCUAUGAGGAGAUUGAGAGCUCCUGCAGCAAAGUCCAGUACAAGAAGGGCAAUAUUCUACAGCUGGUGCUGCAGAAGAAGAUCCCCUUGCACCACUGGGCUUCACUCUUGAAACGUGGCAAAGAAGGCUCAAGGGAGCAGACCAAGAGAGCUGUGUGUAAGGAGAAUGGCAAGGAGAAACCUGCUUCGAUGGGGGAAUUAUCUGAUGAGUCCCAGCCUGAUAGCACCAUGGAACCAUGCAAAGGCAAACGAGAAUCCUCCAACCCGAAGCGAGCUCCAGAGAAGAAUGAAGCUGCCGGAGGCAGGAACUCAGCCCGCGUGGGGAUGCCAACAGGCCCUAUGGCCAAAAGGGCAGUGUGUGUCAAUGUCAGUCUGUCUAAGGAGGAAGGGAGCAGCAGCAGCAGCAACACAGGCAGCACUGGGCUCUCUGAGCAAGCUGGCAGCCAGAGGAAUGGCCAGGGAGCCCAGGACGAUGCUCUGGCAGACGAGGCUGACAAUCUGGAGAGGGAGUCAUCACCCAUGGAAAUGCAGCUGCCUUCAGCUCCUGCAGACACACUGCCCCAUCAGCAUCAGCCAUGCCCAGAGAAAAGGAUUCCACUGCCAUCUGUUUCUUCUGAGGCUGCACAGGGGCCAGAAGCAGUUUCUGCCUUCAGCAAAGGCCUCUUUUCCUCCAUAUCUUCCAGAGAUACUGAGAAGAGAGACUGGCCCAGGGACAGUGAUACUCUAGAGGCUGUUGCUAAUGUCUCAGAACCGGAGUCCAUUGUGAAUCUGACAUUUGUGAAGAAUGAUUCGUAUGAGAAAGGGAAUGAUUCUAUGGUGGUUCAUGUUUACGUGAAGGAGAUUCACAAGGAGAGGUCCAAAGUGCUCUUUCGGGAACAGGAUUUCACGUUAAUGUUUCAGACAAGUGAUGUCAACUUCCUGCGACUGCAUCCAGGCUGUGGCUCUCAUACAGUAUUCAGGUGGCAAGUAAAACUCAGGAAUCUCAUAGAGCCAGACAUCUGCACGUACAACUUCACCACUGCCCGCAUUGACAUUUGCUUGAAGAAACGGCACAGCCAGCGCUGGGGAGGCCUGGAGGCUCCUGCCACACGAGGUGCAGUGGGUGGUGCAAAGGUUGCCAUGCCAACAGGCCCUACCCCCUUGGAUAAAAGCCAACCAGGAAGCAACCAGCUCCCACUUUCAACCAAAGAGGAGGCACGUGCGGGUGAGAAGGAGAAAUCGCGAGCAGAAGACAGUGGCCUGGAUGGCGUAGCUGCUCGGACAGUGUCUGAGCAUGUGCCAGUGAAGCAAGAACCACUUGUGCCCUCGCCCAAGCCAACAUGCAUGGUUCCUCCAAUGACACACAGCCCUGUCAGCAGUGAAAGUGUGGAAGAGGAGGAGGAAGAGGAAGAUAAGAAAGUGUGCCUACCAGGCUUCACAGGGCUGGUAAACCUGGGCAACACCUGCUUCAUGAACAGUGUCAUCCAGUCUCUCUCCAACACCCGAGAGUUGCGGGAUUACUUUCAUGAUCGUUCGUUCGAGUCUGAAAUAAACUACAGUAACCCACUGGGAACGGGGGGACGCCUGGCGAUUGGCUUUGCUGUGCUUUUGCGGGCCCUGUGGAAAGGCACACACCAUGCCUUCCAGCCUUCCAAACUGAAGGCAAUUGUGGCCAGCAAAGCCAGCCAGUUUACAGGCUACGCUCAACAUGAUGCCCAGGAAUUCAUGGCUUUCCUGCUGGAUGGGCUCCAUGAGGACCUGAAUCGCAUCCAUAUCAAGCCAUACACAGAAACAUUGGACUCGGAUGGACGGCCAGAUGAGGUUGUCGCAGAAGAGGCUUGGCAGCGGCACAAAAUGAGGAACGAUUCCUUCAUUGUGGACCUGUUCCAGGGCCAAUACAAAUCCAAGCUAGUGUGCCCUGUGUGUUCAAAGGUAUCCAUUACAUUUGAUCCCUUCCUGUAUUUGCCAGUCCCCCUACCCCAGAAGCAGAAAGUGCUGACAGUCUAUUACUUUGCAAAGGAACCCCACAAGAAGCCUGUCAAGUUUCUGGUGAGCAUCAGCAAGGAGAACUCUACUGCCAAGGAGGUGCUAGACUCGGUGUCACAUAGUGUGCGGGUGAAUCCUGAGAACCUGCGCUUGGCCGAGGUAAUCAAGAACCGCUUCAGUCGCAUAUUCCUGCCCUCCCACUCCUUGGACACAGCCACCCCCAAUGAUCUUCUCUUGUGCUUUGAGGUGCUUUCUCCAGAUCUGGCCAAGGAACGUGUGGUGGAGCUGCAGGUUCAACAGCGUUCUCAGGUGCCCAGUGUACCUAUCACCGAAUGUGCCGCCUGUCAGAAGAAGCAGCAGUCAGAGGAGGAGAAGCUAAAGCGCUGUACUCGGUGCUACCGCGUUGGAUAUUGCAAUGUAAUGUGUCAAAGAACACACUGGUCCGACCACAAAACAUUGUGUCGCCCUGAGAACAUUGGCUUCCCCUUCCUCAUCAGCGUGCCGGAGUCACGCCUCACCUAUGCACGUCUGGCCCAGCUUCUGGAAGGGUAUGCAAGGUACUCGGUCAGUGUGUUCCAGCCUCCCUUCCAGGUGGGCAGGCUGUCACCUGAACAAGGCUUGCAGCCCCAGCCUCCUGAGAAACAAGAGCCACCUGCCAGGAGUAGCAGUGCCACCGCCGUGUCUGCUGCUGAGACCAGCAUGGAGUCAGGAGAUGGUGCCAGGGCCCCGCACCUGUUGCAGGAAUCCCAGGCAUCUCUCUUGGCUCCUGAGUUACAGGCGGAACUGGGGGAUGCCAGCACUGUGAGAAGCAAGGUCUCCACAGCAAGAAGCUCAGGGCUAAGUUUGGAUUCAGGCUUCUCUGAGCCUGCCUUGGAUACACGGCCUGACAGCUGCGUGGAAAGGGACAUGCCUUAUGAGAAAGGCCCCAGGCCUGAAGCUGCCAUCCCUGGUUACCAGCAUCCAGGUGAGGGGCCAAGUUCUCAUAUCACCCAGUUCUACAUCAACAAGAUUGAUGCAGCCAACAAAGAGCAGAAGCUGGAGGAUAAAGGAGAUGCUCCACUGGACCUGACGGAUGACUGCUCUCUGGCCCUGGUUUGGAAGAAUAAUGAGAGGAUGAAGGAGUUUGUGCUAGUUGAGUCUAAAGAACUGGAGUGCAUGGAGGAUCCAGGAUCUGCAAGUGAGGCAGCCAGGGCAGGACACUUCACCCUGGAACAGUGCCUCAACCUCUUCACCAAGCCAGAGGUGUUGGCCCCAGAGGAGGCAUGGUAUUGCCCUAAGUGCAAGCAGCACCGUGAGGCAUCUAAGCAGCUGAUGUUGUGGCGCCUGCCCAACGUGCUCAUCAUACAGCUCAAGCGCUUUUCCUUCCGCAGUUUUAUUUGGAGGGACAAGAUCAGCGAUAUUGUGGAUUUUCCCGUCAGGAACUUGGACCUGAGCAAGUUCUGCAUUGGUCAGAAGGAUGAGCAGCAGGUGCCCAUGUAUGAUCUGUAUGCAGUUAUUAAUCACUAUGGGGGCAUGAUUGGUGGGCACUAUACAGCUUAUGCCCGACUUCCCAGUGACAAGAACAGCCAGCGUAGUGAUGUGGGUUGGCGACUCUUUGAUGAUAGCACCGUCACCACAGUGGAUGAAAGCCAGGUGGUGACACGAUAUGCUUACGUGCUCUUCUACCGCCGACGAAACUCUCCUGUAGAGAGACCCCCUCGAGGGCCACCUCACCCCUCAGACCCUCGGGCUGACUUGGCCCCAUCUGCUGAGGCAGCAGGCAAUCAGGCUUCUCUGCUCUGGCAGGAAAUGGAGGCUGAAGAAGAAGCUGCCCAGAGGCUGAUGGGGAGCCCUUGGAACUCUUGCAGCCGAAGACCAAAGACCCUCACCUUAGACUGUCCUGAUGAAGGCCGUGUCCGCUACUUUGUCCUGGGCACCAUGGCAGCCAUUGUGGCCCUCUUCCUGAAUGUCUUCUAUCCACUCAUCUAUCAGACCCGCUGGAGGUAGCAGCUGCAGCAGAGCUCUGGGAGGGAGGCAGCCAGCUUACUGCAGCCUUGGAUCUCCUCCAUUGUGUCUUGGUGGUGAGGAGCUGCUAUGCUCCUGGCCAGGUAGAUGCAAGAAGAAGAGCUCAUGCCAGUGCCUCCCCACAGAGAAUAUGUCACGUGUCAGCACUUCGCUCUUACAUUUAUGUGGCCGCCUGGAUUUGCAACUAGGAAGGAUCUUUUAUGACUCAACAACCCAAGAAGCCUCAUUUGGACAAACCUUUCCUUAAAUGACUUUAGUUCACGUCAGCCCAUAUGAGCCUUGAGGUUCAGUCAAAUGUAUGUACCUCAAGCAAAGACGGCAGAUCUGCAGAUAUCUGUGUCUAUAAUUGGAUGGCUAUGUUUGCCUUGGCCACUCUCUGCCUUGGGAUUGCUCUCCAAAUUGGGUUGGCUGCUCCUUCCCCAGUGCCUAAUAUUUGACGGUUGAACCAACUUACCCCAGCUGAGCAAUACACAGUACUUAGCAAGUGGAGAAAAGAGCAUAUUUUUGAAUGGACGUUUGUUCCCUUUUGUUGGUGGAGGGAACAUCCACUGCUAUCCUCUGAACAUUGCUGGAUUACAUUCUCUCGCCAUGGGGCAGCCAGGUGUACCUUCUUGUCCCUCUCUUUUUUAAAAGCAGCAUUGUUAUGUGUAGAUCCAUGCAGGAAUCUACAUUUGAGAGUAGAGUGCAAGGGAAAAGCUUUUCUUAUCAUUUCCCCCUUAAACCAGGUCUGCAUUAUGCUCAACACGAUUUAGCACCAGGCCCCAGCUAAACAGCACAUACGAUUUGUCAUUUGUAACUCUGCUCUUGUAUGCGUCUCUAUGAAUGUGCUUGCACAGUUAUGUAAAAGCCUAUUUCUUUGCACAUGCAAGGUAGCAGAACUGUUUUUUGGACUCCAGUUGUGCAGCCUCGUAUUCUUUUAAUCUGGCACUUCAAGCUGUGGCUUCUUAUAUGUGGUGCAGGAUUCCUCUUAAGCAUCAGGACCACAGAUUUAAGCCUAAAUGUCCUGGCCUAAGCCCCUGGCUGUGGCCAGAAAAGCAAGAGUGAUCGCAAGAGUUUGAGGUCCUAAAGAGGAAUUUAAUGUCUUUGCAACAUCCUUCCAUGGAUUUAGGUAUAAUUGCUGUUUGUUCAUAUUAGUCAUCAGCUAUAAAAUCUAAGUUUGUGCACAUUCUUUUCAGCAGUGUCAGAGAAGUUUCUGCUUUUUUGUGAGAGGGGCAUGGCCAGUGCCAAGAGUCAGGAGAACGGAUACUUGUUGCUGGUAUCCCUGCUGUGCCCCAGGAAAUGGGCAGUCGCUAGCCAUAGCAGCACCAAAGAACAUAACUUGAGCCAUGCACCAUUCUGGUGGUGGCAUUUGUAAGUUAUUUUCUGCCAGCUUGGUGGAUAAAGGUGUUGCAUUGUGCUGCAAAAUGCUUUCAUUGUAUUUAUUUAUUGUAUUUAAUAAAGUUAAGCUGUUCUACAGAAA